AUGCAAUCACAGGGGACACAGCCUGGCAUAGAGCCCCGCUUCCUUGCAUUGCAUUUUGUCCAAUCAGAUAUGGAGGUUGCCUGUGACGUCAGGAAAUGCAGCAACUAUAAAUGGGCCAACGCCCCUCAGCAGCCGCCAUUGUCCUUCCUUCUGAGCUGUCGGGAAGGCGAGCCCCAUAUGGCUGAGCCUGGCUGUGAGACCUCCUCUGAGGAAAGCCUGAGCAUGGAGGAGCCCAAGGCAGCGGACCCGAAGAGCCUGAAGCAGGAGCAGCCGAGGUGCCAAUACUGCCUCUGCCACAACAGUUUCACCACCUACUUCCCCAGGGUUCUGAAGCGGGUUCACGAGGGCCUGGGCCUCUCGCAGAAGACCGUGAGCACCUUGGAUUCGUUCGUCAAGGACAUCUUCGAGUGCAUCGCGGACGAAGCCUCUCACCUGGCCCGCUCCACCAAGCGCUCCACCAUCACCUCCAGGGAGAUCCAUACAGCCAUGCGCCUGCUGCUACCAGGAGAGGUUGGCAAGUUUGCCAUGUCCAAGGCCAGCAAGGCCAUCAUCAGGUACACUUUCCACCAAUGA